AUGUCCAGAUCGAUACGCACCCAAUCCUCUGUAGCCAGCUUCCGCACGGCUAAGAGCCAGCUAAGCUCUGAAAAGAACGAUUCAGCCUCUCUGGUUGACUUGUACGCGCCAGUCACUCGAGACUUCGCGCUCCAACCCCUGGCGAUACCUGCAAGGACAUCCAGUCUCGCACUACGGUCUUCGCAAGUGACUUCGCCGCAAGAUGAGCAUGAAGAUACGAAAACCUCCAGAGCCGAGCUCCAACCACUGAUUGGAUGCUUCGACCAAGUCCAGGAUCAAAGGAAUAUGAUCACAGUAUAUCUGACCUGGCCCGCAUUUCCGAAAGGCCAAGCACGGACUGCUGCGACUGAGGCAGCAAGGUAUGCUGUGGUACGCGAGCUCCAAAUGUUACUCGAACUUGAGCAUCCGAUUGGGCAUCUGCGCCUCGAGCUUGUCGAUCCGAGACGGGCAUACCAUGAAGAGACUGUGAGGCUUUUGAUACAGCUUGGCUUCACGGGCUUCGUAUCGAGAGGUUCAGGAAGUGCUCGCGAGAUGUGGAAGGCAGGAAGAUGUCCACUGUUUCCAGAUUCGAUGAGGGUACAUGCUCUGCGCAUUGCGCCUCAGACCAAAGCAGGGAAGUCAGAAAGUUCUGCAGUAGCCAAGCCACAGUAA